CCCUAUCAGUCCCAUUUUCUUUCCAUCUUCCUCACUUCUUCUUUAAAUACUAUAUCACUCUUACUCUCCCUCUUGUUUAAAAACAUCACCAUUGAUAACCAGAGAAAGAUCAGCGACAAAGAAAGAUGAAAAUCCCCUCAAUCUUUAAAAACAAAGAAACAAAAUGGGCUUCUUGCAACAAUCCCAAGACUCGUUCUUUCAGAGAUGACGUUUUCAAGACUGUAAACUCAGUCUUCUUUGAUUCUGUUGUCGAUGGGGUUGAAACUUCCGAGUUGUGGUUCACCAACUCAUCAGAGACUUCUAGUUUCUCAACUGAGUCAGACGAGUUUGAUGGCGAGUCAUUAGAAAUGGUCGUUCGUGGAGUUACAUCAGAUAGAUUGUUCUUUGAGCCCGGGGACACAAAUUCAAUACUAGAAGAAGCGAAACCAUUCAAGGAAAGUGUAGUUUUAGCUUUAGAGUCAGAGAAUCCAUAUGUUGAUUUUAGAAGAUCAAUGGAAGAGAUGGUGGAGUCUCAUGGACUUAAAGACUGGGAUUGUUUAGAGGAGUUAUUAAGAUGGUAUUUAAAGGUUAAUGGAAAGAAGAACCAUGGAUUUAUAGUCGGAGCAUUUAUUGAUCUGCUUGUUCAAAUUAAUAUUGAUGCAGCUGAUGCUUCUUAUUCUACUAAUAGUACUUCUUUUUCCUCUGCUGUUUCUACUUUUUCUUCUUCAUCUCCUUUUCCUUCUCCUUUGUGUACAUUUCAGCAAGGGAUUCAUGAGAUUGAAGAGCAAGAUAAGAUGGUAUUUUCUUAGCUAAUUUCUUUUUUUUUUUCCCUUUAUUGUAUCUGUAUCAUUUUUGUAUAUAUUAUUAAAAACAAAAUUUAAGAUAUUCUCUCAAA